AUACCCUAUCGUGUACUGGAUCCGCAAACAAAGUAACUGCGAAAAGCACCGUUUUACGCCAUUUUCAAUUUGAAGGAACAUUUUAAAUUGCAGCUCCGCACAAUACCUGAAUUGUGCAUUUGGGUGUAGGUUCGAAUGUGGCACGUUGUGGACAGAGCUAGCAGGUUCUCCCCUGCGCCAACAGCCUGAAGGAGCCGCUCUUCUCGGUCGGCACGCGGCUCACCGGAUAAAAACACACCGUUUAUGUGAAAUAUCAUCUUUUUAUCGGCCAAACUGAGGAUUCCGUGCCCGCUGCGAGCUGUUACCAUGGCGACGGCUCCGACGCAGCAGCCCAUGCUGACCGUGGAGCAGGCUCGAGUGGUGCUGAGCGAGGUCAUCCAGGCCUUCUCGAUUCCUGAGAAUGCUGCCCGCAUGGAGGAGGCCAGGGAGAGCGCCUGCAAUGACAUGGGCAAGAUGCUGCAGCUGGUGCUGCCCGUCGCCACGCAGAUCCAGCAGGAGGUCAUCAAAGCUUAUGGCUUCAACAAUGAGGGGGAGGGGGUCCUCAAAUUUGCCCGGCUGGUGAAGAUGUACGAAAGCCAGGACCCCGAAAUCGCUGCCAUGUCCGUUAAGCUCAAGUCCCUGUUGCUGCCUCCCAUGUCAGCCCCACCUAUUGGGGGCGGAGUCACAGCCUCCUAGGUGCACAUUUUCGUAUCCUUCACUUAUGUUGUCUGUAUUGAAAUAUUUCACAGUUUUAUGUAAACAUUUUUUUAAAAGUGCAUUCCAAACGACCCCCAUCCCUUCCGUCCUAUUUAGCUUUCGGUGCAGUUAGAAAAUGCAUUAAUCUGAUAUAUUGUUAGACAUGCUCAGCAAGUACUGUUAGCAUCAAGAGACACUUUUGGGAUGUUUGCAGUGAAAAACACAAAUUUCAGCAGCAGCUGUCUGCAGCUGUACAGUAAAACAGAGCAGAAGUUCAUUCCAAUCGAUGGCUCAGACAUUUCGAUCUUAUUUCCUCUUUCACGUUUUCCUCACGAUACAAACAGCUGUGUUCAUUAUUUAUAUUCCUGCUAAACAACUCGAAACCCCCUUUCCUUCCAUAGUUGCUCAACAUUUUUAUACUUUUUGGUUUAAAUGCUUAAAACGUGGACACUUUUUAAAUCGCAUGUAACUUUUGCUGCCAAAUAAAUAUAUAAGAUAAAA